AUCCUCGACUCCUGCUCACCACAACAAUCCUGGAGCCCUCAACUCCCUCACGACCUGCUGAAAAAGCAGAACCGUCCGCAUCCCUCGACCGGCGCCUCCCAAUCCUCCUCUCCCUCCUCGCUCUCCUCCUCGCAACAAUAAUCAUGGGCCGCAACCGCCCUACAGCCCCCGACGGCACAACACGAGCAACCCUCCCAGAAACAUCCCUCGCCGCCCCAUCAACCUUCACAGACGGUUUGCCUCUACCCCAACUUUUCGUCUUCGACCUAGACUAUACCCUCUGGCCCUUCUGGGUCGAUACGCACGUAUCAGGCCCAUUAAAACCCACGACCUCCGGCCUCAUCGUGAAAGACGCAUACGGAGAAUCCUGUGCAUUCUACAACGACGUGCCCGCAAUUCUCCACCACAUCAAGUCCCGCAAUCUGCAACUCGGAGCAGCAUCACGGACAUCAGCCCCGAGUCUCGCGAGGAGAAUGCUAGAACUCCUACGCAUCCCAACAACAACACAAGAACAAAAUGAAGGGAAAGAGGCGAGCAAGGGAGCGAUUGCUUUUUUCGAUCAUUUAGAAAUAUAUCCGGGCGACAAGAGAAGACAUUUCAGGGCUUUGGCGGAGAAGAGUGGAGUGCCAUUUGGGGAGAUGUUGUUUUUUGAUGAUGAGAGUAGGAAUAAGAAUGUUGAGGAAUUGGGGGUUGUGAUGCAGUUAGUCAGGAAUGGGGUGACGAAGCAGGAGAUUGAUGCCGGGGUUGAGGCGUGGAGGAAGAGGAAUGGGAGGUUGCAGAAGGAGACGUGAGGGUGUUGCGAGUCUGGUGUCGAUUACUGUAUGGCUGAGAUAUCUUGAGGUCUCUCGAUAUCUCGAUAUCUCGUUUCGGCUGCAACAAGCUGGUACAGAUGGUCGACUCUUACGGUCCUGCUCGUCCCCAGAUUGGGGCAUUUUGGUGGCGGCACAAGUAGCGUUCACAUGCAAAUCCGUUCGAAGCGAGGCGUACGAUCAGGAAGGAAAGAUACCCGCAGCUAGAGAUCUAAUAGAAUACAACAAGACGAAGAUGACUUCACGAAAGAAAAUCAACGAGAAAAGAGUAGACAGCAAAGCUUGGGAUUCUAUCAAAAGCUGAGUAAAAUAUACAAAUGCAAGCUUGCAAACAU